AUACUUUUUCUUUCUUGAACAUUCAUCGGAGCCGGAGUCCAAGCGGUCCUUAUCUCUGCAGUUACUUUGAGUUUGUUUGACGUAUGACUGCACUGGUGGUUAGUUGGUUAGUUGAUUAUUGCCGUUUGGAGUAAUUGGGAAAGGACGCGAAGGGCACAUAGCAUAGCAUGAUGGGGUGGAAGGCAGCAGGUCUCGGUGUUCUUGGAGUCUUACCAGUAUUGAUAAUGGUUAUCGUGAUCAACGUCGCUGAAGGUGAGCGCUUGAACAAGACUUCUUCAUCUGGUGGGCUAUUUUGGUCAACUGCAAAAGAAGAGUCUGAUCUCAUGCUCAAGGCUGAACCCGACGAAGAUUCCUCCGCUGCUUCGGUCGUCAAUGAUCACGACGAAGUUGAUGGUGGCUUCUCUUCUCUCGAUGGGAUGUUACAGUGGGCCAUUGGUCAUUCCGAUCCGGAGAAACUAAAGGAAACUGCACAAGAUGUCCAGCGUCUGUCUCCUAGCGAGUUGAAGAAGCGUCAAAUGGAAAUUAAGGAACUGAUGGAAAAGAUGAAAAUGCCAUCCGAUUCCCAGUUGAUGCAGAUUGCAUUAGACGACUUAAAUAACUCUUCUUUAUCUUUGGAAGAUCACCACCGUGCAUUGCAGGAGCUUCUAAUUCUUGUUGAGCCAAUCGAUAAUGCAAAUGAUUUGACAAAACUCGGUGGCCUUCAUGUAUUAAUACGAGAGCUUAAUCACCCUGAUUCAGAUAUAAGGAGAGUUUCUGCAUGGGUUCUUGGGAAAGCAAGUCAAAAUAAUGCAUUUGUCCAGAAACAGGUCUUGGAACUUGGGGCACUCACUAAGCUAAUGAAGAUGGUAAAAUCGACUUCCAUAGAAGAAUCCAUAAAAGCAUUAUAUGCUGUUUCAGCCUUGAUCCGAAAUAAUGUAGGUGGUCAGGAAUUGUUUUAUGCAGAAGCUGGAGAUAAGAUGCUUCAGGACAUACUGAGCAACUCGAGCAUUGAUAUCAGACUCCAGAAGAAAGCUGUUUUUCUGGUUGCUGAUCUGGCUGAAUGUCAACUAGAAAAUGUAGGAAGAGCUGAGCUGCCUUUCUUCAGAAAUCACUUCUUCCUAAAGUCUAUAGUCGAUCUAACAGCAUCGACAGACCUUGAUCUCCAAGAAAAGGCCCUUGUUGCAAUCAAGAAUCUCCUGCGACUCAAAACAACUGAAGCUUUGGUUUUCAAGGACUUGUGUGGCUUGGAUGAUGCUUUGGAGAGAAUGAGGCUGCAACUGCAAGAUCUGUUGGUAGAAGAAUAUCAUAGAGAUUUUGCAAUGGAUACGGAAAGCCUCCGAAGAGAAGUGGAGCUGAUUUUCCAUAGCAAGCUUGGAAAGGUGAUGAGGGUUCCAACAUGAGGAGACAAAUCUGGCCUUAAUUCUUAUCAUGCAAUUUGUUAAUGGCUGUCAAUUUUAACAUGAUUUAUCUAUAGAAAAGAGCUAACUAUACGUGAAUCCUAGGGCUUUUUUUUUUUUUUUUUUGGCAUGGUAAAUGGCUGUGGCCUGUGAAGACUGUUGGUGUUGAUAGAUAGAGGAAGAAAGAAAAGUUCAUGAAAGUGGAGCUUUUAAAUGUUGCGCAGAUGCUCGUACUUCAUGGGAUCUUAAUAGAAAAUGACGGAAGGAAAACUGCUUAAUUUGCUUUUUAUUUGUUAAUGGAUAUUUUAAAGUUCUAUACGUUCUUAUA